AUGUCUGCUUCUAUUGAGCAAGAAAUCGAGCAAGUAGGCAAAGCUAUUGCAAGGGUGGAAAGAGAAAUUGAGGAGAUCAACAAAAUUCUCAAGAGCCCCACCAUUUCGGAUGACAACAAAGCUUACUAUCAGCAAGAGGAAAGCCAGAUUUGGCAAAAGAAAAGCCAGCUUUGGCAAAAGAAAGACAGGUUUCUUCAAGAGAAAGCCGAUAUUCGGCAAAAGAAGUUGUUGUUGAUUGAACGCACUCCAGUGCCAAAAGCUGCAUUUGAUAUGGCAAGGAUGGCACAAGCUUUCCGCGUUGUACUGAGACAAGAACUGGCAAAUCUCCGAGACAAAGAUAACACAGUUGCGUUCUCAAACGUGAAUUCCACAGUAUUUAAUGAGGUCAUGACACACUUGGACAUUGAGCAAAUCGCAGCACCAUGGCAGAACAGGCCACCUUGUCCUCAGUGCGACACGAUUUACCAAUGGAGCGAGGACGAAGAAGAUAGCUCAAUGAAUCGCAAGAGAUAUAUGGCAUAUCUUAAGGGGCUGGGAUUUCCGGACUCAGUUAAUAUAUUUGAAGCUUCAAAAGCAAAGGAGCUCUUGGAAACAGACUUGCUGCCUUCACCCGGGCCAAGAAUGAAAGGAAACAUUGACCAAGAAUCCAGGCAUCUCAUGAAACUCGAGGCAUCACAUUCGGAAGCAGUAUACCUUAUCAAGCAUUUUCUGGAUGAUCCAAGUGAAAAUGAUUCUUUCCUGGAAUCCUUCCUGACACGAGCACCAUGGGAUAGUAUUAUUGGCAGUGUUGAGAGCAUCCAAGAAGAAAAGCGAUUGGCCUUUGCUCGUUCUAAUCUUGAUUUUAUGGAUGAAGAUGAGCGGCGAGAUGAAAUCUUCCGGAUGAUGCUGCAGAAUCCCAAUAAUCGUUACCUGUCUCCCAAAAUGGAAGUUGGUGAUUGUUCUGGGGAUGGGCCGCCAAAAGACAUUACCCUUGGUUGA